AAGCAGAAUGAAAGGGCUUCUUGAUAGCCUCCUCCUUCACUAACGUGUUUCUUGGUGUGCUUUGUUUGAGAGCACAGUGUUUUAGCAGCUGCUUUCUUGCAGGGUCUAAAGUCUGAUGUGGUAGAUAUGGAUGGACAAAUCAAACACUGCAUUGAGUUUCUGAGAUAAGCUAGUCAGUAGGAAGUGGAGAGGUGAGAAGGGCGGCAGACUCUGGACCCUCUUCACUCGCUCUUCUUCUUCACCUCCACUGCAGCACCUUGGUUUGUCUCUCUUCUCAUGUGGAAAACAUGAAGAUUAAUUUUGCCCCCUUGGACGUGCCUCUCCACAGGAGACUGCAGACUGCUGCAUUACUGCUGUGGGUCUUCUCCUUCCUCGCUCUGGCACCCAUCUGCAUCUUCCUGUACUUUUUCCUGCUCUUCACCCGGUUCUGGCUGAUCAGUGUGCUCUACUCUGUCUGGUUGUACUUUGACUAUGACACUCCUGCACGUGGAGGCCGCAGAGUGCCCUUCCUGUGUGGCCUCAAACUUUGGGAGUACAUGCGGGAUUAUUUCCCCAUUAAGUUGGUGAAGACAGCUGACUUGGAUCCCAAGCACAACUACGUCUUGGGCUUCCAUCCUCAUGGCAUCCUGGUGGCAGGAGCCUUUACCAACUUCUGCAGCUACGCUACGGGCUUCAGGCAGAUGUUUCCAGGCCUCACCAGCUACAUGCUCAUGUUGCCCCUGUGGUUCAGAGCCCCAUUCUUCAGAGACUACAUCAUGUGUGCAGGUCUGAUACCUUCUGAUAAAGAGAGCGCCAGUUACCCGCUCCACCACAAACGUGGGGGCAGCGCUGUUGUAAUAGCAGUUGGUGGCGCCCCAGAGUCCCUUGAUGCCCACCCAGGAUCCUACAAUGUACUCUUGGCUCACAAGAAAGGCUUCAUCAAAAUGGCCAUGGAGCAGGGAGCUCACCUGGUGCCAGUCUACUCUUUUGGAGAGAAUGAAGUGUUUGAUCAAGUUGAAAACCCACGAGGAACCUGGCUUCGAUGGACACAGGAACGACUGCAAAGCAUCAUGGGUAUUGCCCUGCCUCUCUUCCACGCACGUGGUGUUUUCCAGUACUCCUUUGGUCUCAUGCCCUAUAGAAAACCCAUCACUACAAUAGUUGGACGGCCAAUUAGAGUGGAGAAGAAGGAGAAACCAACUGCCGAGGAACUCGAUGCCCUCCACCAGCUGUACAUGGAUGAACUCAGCAAUCUGUUUGAGGAGCACAAAGCCAACUAUGGAGUGGACAAGGACACACACCUGAAUUUUGUCUAAAUUGAGCCGAGGAUGGAGAUUGAAUGUCUAUUUAUUUGUUAAGCUCUGGUGCUGCUCUGUAAACCUUCCUUCAGUGGGCCUCUUGAUUAAAAGUGAACAAACUUGGCUGUGCACCAGUACACCCUGCUGUAUCCGUUUAUGUCAGCUAGGAUGCACUAUAUAAUAGAAACUCUUGUUUCAAACUAUAAAAUGUGACUGAAAAAAUGCAAUUUGUUCCUUAAGCACUCAAUAAACAUCACUCAUAAACCCUU